UGCCAGUUCAAGCGCCGAGCCGACUGGCCUGUCACAGACGGGCCGCGGCGGCCCCUUGACUGGUCGACAUGUUCGGAAGGCCGCUUUGGCUGGCCUUCAUGACGCACACUUGUCGCUUGAGGUUGUAAACAUAAAGUGACACGAGCCCAAGUGACAAGCCCCAGCAACCAACAACCUCUCGAUCACGACAACACUCCAGCACACAUCUACAGCAUUCCCAUUCACAUUCACAACCGAAAUGUCUCCUAGCACCAACCCCAACUGGAAGCAGCUUAACAUUGCCAUCGUUGGCGGCGGCCUCGGUGGUAUGGCGGCAGCGGUCGCGCUCCGUCGCGCGGGGCACAAGAUCUCGGUCUACGAGCGUCGUGACUUCAAGGUUGAGGUCGGCGCGUCGAUCUCGUGCGCUGCCAACGGCGGCCAGUGGCUCAAGGAGUGGGGUGUCGACAUUAAGCGCGGCAAGCCCGUCAACCUCAUGAAGCUCACGAUGCGCGACUGGGAGACGGGCAAGAUCCUCAACCAGUACAACCUCGACCACUACGAGUCCGACUGGGGAAUCCCCUACUACAUGUUCCACCGCGUCGACAUGCACGAGAUGCUUCUCGAGUGCGCGACGUCGCCCGACGGGCCCGGAGAGCCCGUUUCGGUUGUUGUCGACCACAUCGCCAAGUCGCUCGACUACGAGAAGGGCAUCGUGACCUUUGAGAACGGCGAGGUUGUCAAGGCGGACAUGAUCAUCGGCUCGGACGGCAUUCGCUCCGCCAUCCGCAAGGAGAUUGGUGUCAUUCCCCAGAUGCGCUCCGCUCCCCAGACCUGCUACCGCUGCAACGUCAAGAAGAGCGACAUCGAGAAGUUUGGCCUCAUGCCCGAUGCCGUUGACCCCGCCAUCCAGUUCUGGGGUGGCUUCACCAAGGGCGACAUCAACCGCUACUACAAGAUCGUCAUGUCGCCGUGCUCGGACGGCGAGAUCGUCUCGUUCUACUGCUUCAUGCCCACGGAGAUGACCAACCACACCCAGGAGGGCUUCGUCUUUGCCGAGGUCCCCGUCUCGGACAUCAUGGCUGGCAUGUACGACCGCCUGGACCCCCAGUGCUCCGACCUCAUCAAGAACUCGAUCGACCGCAUGCCCUGGCGCCUCUACGUCCACCAGCCCUACCCCUACUGGCACAAGGGCAAGGCGUGCAUCCUCGGCGACGCCGCGCACCCCAUGAUGCCCCACCAGUCCCAGGGCGCCUGCACCGCCAUCGAGGACGCCGCCGCUCUCGGCAUCAUCUUCGGCAAGGACUACGACUUCAGCAGCAACGUCGAGGCUGGCCUCGCGUUCUACGAGCACAUCCGCAAGCCGCGUGCCACCCGCGUCCAGGCUGCCUCGGCCCGUGCCACUGAGAACCUCAACGAGCGCAUCGGCUUCACCUCGCUCUCGGCGCCCGACGCCGCCCUCGCCGCCAAGGAGGGCAAGCUCACCGUCAACGAGAUGAACGAGUACAACAUGCACGAGCACAUCGCCAAGGAGGCCAAGCACUUCAACAACCUCUACUCGUCCCCCAAGGGCUCGCCCAAGGCCGCCAACGCCGCUCUCAGCGCAUAAACGCGGCUGCCUACAAGCUUUCGCAUUUCAAAUCUUUUAGCAUAGGUGUUGUAGUUUCCCGGGUUCACUGUCGGUGCGAUUCUCGUCCCGUUCAUGUAUGAAG